UGCCUGACCUGUGGACAGAAGAGGCUGUAGUACGCGUGGUCUCUUACAUUUACACUCUUGUUUACUGACGGCGAUGCAAUUUCAGUUUUAAGCGUUGGAAAUAAAUCGUCCAGGAUGACGGUGGAUUUUGAAGACUGUAUCAAAGAUUCACCCCGCUUUCGGGCUAAUAUUGAUGAGGUGGAGACGGAGGUGGUGGAGAUCGAAGCCAAGCUUGAUAAGCUGGUGAAGCUGUGUGGCGGUAUGAUUGAAGCUGGGAAAGCGUAUGUCACCGCCAACAAGCUCUUCAUCAAUGGCAUCCGUGACCUAUCCCAGCAGUGCAAGAAGGACCAGAUGAUAUCGGACUGUCUGGAGAAGUGCGGCGAGAGUUUGCAGGAGAUUGUCAACUACCACAUGAUCCUGUUUGAUCAAGCCCAGAGAUCAGUCAAGCAGCAGUUGCACAGCUUUGUUAAAGAUGACGUGCGUAAAUUCAAGGACACGAAGAAGCACUUUGAUAAGAUGAGAGAAGAUUUGGAGAUCGCACAGGUGAAGAACGCUCAGGCACCUCGAAACAAAGCCCACGAGGUGGAGGAAGCCACCAGCACCCUCAACUUCACCCGCAAGUGCUUCCGACAUCUCGCACUGGACUAUGUGCUGCAGAUCAACGUCCUUCAAGCCAAAAAGAAAUUUGAGAUCUUAGAUGCGAUGUUAUCCUUCAUGCAUGCGCAGUACUCGCUGUAUCAGCAGGGCUACAAGCUACUGGAUGAGAUUGACCCCUACAUGAAGAAACUGGCUGCUGAGACACUGUUACAGGACUUUGCGUAUGAUGACCCAAAGUUGGAGUUUAAUGUGGAUGCGCCCAACGGAUUGGUGAUGGAGGGCUAUCUGUUCAAAAGGGCCAGUAACGCCUUUAAAACUUGGAAUAGGCGCUGGUUUUCCAUCCAAAACAGCCAGCUGGUGUAUCAGAAGAAACUAAAGGAUUCGCUGACGGUUGUUGUGGAGGACUUGAGACUCUGUUCUGUCAAACCUUGCGAGGACAUCGAGAGGAGGUUCUGUUUUGAAGUCGUGUCGCCUUCCAAGAGCUGUAUGCUACAGGCGGAGUCAGAGAAACUCCGGCAGGCCUGGAUCCAGGCGGUUCAAGCCAGCAUCGCCUCAGCGUACAGAGAGAGUCCAGACAAUUAUUACGUUGAGCGUUUGGACCGGACCGCUUCUCCCUCCAUCAGCAGUAUAGACUCGGCAAAUGAGCCCCGAGAGCGCAGCGGCAGGGGCGAGAGCAUUCUGCAGCGUAUCCUGUGUCUGCCGGGAAACCAGCAGUGCUGUGACUGUGGGCAGGCCGACCCGCGCUGGGCCAGCAUCAAUCUGGGCGUCCUGCUCUGCAUCGAGUGCUCCGGCAUUCACAGGAGUUUGGGAGUACAUUGUUCAAAGGUCCGUUCUCUCACCCUGGACUCAUGGGAACCAGAGUUACUAAAGCUGAUGUGUGAACUAGGAAACAGUAUCAUCAACCACAUCUAUGAAGGCAGCUGUGAAGAGCAGGGCCUGAAGAAACCGGGACCCAGCAGCUCCAGGCAAGAAAAGGAGACCUGGAUCAAAGCGAAGUAUGUUGAGAAGAAGUUCCUGAAGAAGAUGAUGACGGGUGAAGUUCUGGUCAACGGCGGGAGAAAAUCUGAGCGGCGAUGGAACCCCAGGAAAUGCAGGAGACAUAACAGCGCCACCACCGUCCCCAAAACACACCGCAAAUACAGACAGGAGCCAGGCAGUGCGUCUCCUGCAACCCUUUCCUCCGCAACUGCUGCUCUGGAGAGAAAGUUCAGACGGGAAUCCCUCUUUUGCCCGGAUGAGUUGGACACCCUGUUUUCAUAUUUUGACACUGGUUCAGGGCCUCGCAGUCCUGCAGGUCUGAGCAGUGACAGUGGGUUAGGUGGCAGUACUGACGGCAGCACUGACGUCUUGGUCUUUGAGUCUGUGGUGGACAGUGUCACAGAAGAGGAGUGUGAGGUUUCUGAAGACUCCAGUAAUGAGGUUGAACUGGAGCCGGAGGCGUCAGAUCCAGAGGAUCUGAGAGAACUGGAUCCCGGAUCGUUACUCUAUAAGGCCUGUCAGGCACGAAAUCUGCCUGUCAUGGCUGAAGCUUUGGCACAUGGAGCUGACGUCAACUCAGUGAAUGAAGAGGACGAGGGGAAAAGCCCCCUUAUUCAGGCUGUGAUUGGAGGUUCCUUGAUAGCCUGCGAGUUUCUACUCCAAAAUGGUGCAGAUGUCAACCAAAGAGAUCACAGGGGAAGAGGCCCGUUGCAUCACGCCACAUACUUAGGUCAUACCGGUCAAGUGUGUUUGUUCCUGAAACGAGGAGCGACCCAGAACGAUGGUGAUGAGGAUGGCCAGGACCCACUGAGCAUAGCUGUUCAAGCCGCUAAUGCUGACAUAGUUAGUCUGAGCAGUGACAGUGGGUUAGGUGGCAGUACUGAUGGCAGCACUGAUGUUUUGGUGUUUGAGUCUGUGGUGGACAGUGUCACAGAGGAGGAGUGUGAGGUGUCUGAAGACUCCAGCAAUGAGACUGAAUUGGAGCCGGAGGCGUCAGAUCCAGAGGAUCUGAGAGAACUGGAUCCCGGAUCGUUACUCUAUAAGGCCUGUCAGGCACGAAAUCUGCCCGUCAUGGCUGAAGCUCUGGCACAUGGAGCUGACGUCAACUCAGUGAAUGAAGAGGACGAGGGGAAAAGCCCCCUUAUUCAGGCUGUGAUUGGAGGUUCCUUGAUAGCCUGCGAGUUUCUACUCCAAAAUGGUGCAGAUGUCAACCAAAGAGAUCACAGGGGAAGAGGCCCGUUGCAUCACGCCACAUACUUAGGUCAUACCGGUCAAGUGUGUUUGUUCCUGAAACGAGGAGCGACCCAGAACGAUGGUGAUGAGGAUGGCCAGGACCCACUGAGCAUAGCUGUUCAAGCCGCUAACGCUGACAUAGUUACUCUGUUACGUCUAGCACGUAUGAACGAGGAGAUGCGCGAGGCGGAGGGUCCGUUUGGUCAGCCAGGUGACACCACGUACCUGGACAUUUUCCGUGAGUUUUCCCAUAUGGCAUCCCACAAUCCUGAGAAGCUGAAACGGAGGAGUGUUCACUUCCGUCACUCCUUCAGAGUGUGACAGAUCAAGCUCAGACUUUGGACACCAAUCAAGCUGGAGCAGAAGACACUUUGACUAGCUGAUAUCAUAAGUGUGAUAAAGAUGAGUGUGAAAGACUUUAAACGAUAAUUAUGGUCGUGUUGAAUGUUUGCAAUGAAUUGAAUGCUAUUUUUGUAUCUUUAUGGGGUCAGCUGGACUAAUCCCCAGUGUUUUGUGUCAGUUUUCUUCAUUUGUAUUCUCCCUCUUUUAGCCAUAGACUGUAAAAGGCACUUUUUUAUAUGUUAAAACAUCUGCAAUUUAUGGUUUCAUGUCUGUUAAACAUAUAAUCAAAAAAUCAUGCAUGAAUGCUUUCUCAUUUUUCAUUUCAUCUCAAUACUAUUACAAGCAUCA